AUGCCAACGUUGGUGCUUUCUAUUCUGACGUUCAUGCUGCUUAAGUUAGCGAUACGCUUGAAAGUGACUGGCAAUCCAGCCUUUGCGAAUGAAUCAAUCUCUAUUAUGAAUGUCUGGUCUUCCACACUUCACCAGCUCUCUGGUAAUGCAGAUCGAUUUCUACUUGCUGGCAUCCAUGGUUAUCAACUUGAUAACGCAGCAGAAAUUAUGAGAACAUAUUCAAGAUGGACACCAGAAGACUUUGCAAUCCUCUUCACCAUAACUUUUUAG